CUCUCUCUCUCAUGGAUUUAAGUCCUACCUCUGUUCUCUUGUGCCCUCCAUUAGAUAUCAGCCAUGGGAAUGCAGGUGGUGUAAUCUUCGACUCCUCGAGUCUUCGACAACAGACCACAAUCCCCAAAGCCUUCAUAUGGCCGAGCACCGAUAGGCCGGCCGCCACCGAAGAGCUCGACGCCCCGGUGGUGGACCUCGGUGGAUUUUUCCACGGCGACGAGGAAUCCACCAUGCGAGCAGCCAAGCUCGUCGCGAACGCAUGCGAACGCCACGGUUUCUUCCAAGUCGUCAACCACGGCGUCGGUGAGCUGCUCGCCCGAGACGCGCUCGACUGCACGGACGAGUUCUUCCGCCUCCCCCUCUGCGACAAGCUCCGCGCCCGGCGGAAGCCCGGCGGCGUGUGGGGCUACUCCGGCGCCCACGCAGAUCGCUUCUCCUCCAAGCUGCCAUGGAAGGAGACCCUCUCCUUCGGCUACCGCGAGGCCGCCGGCUCCGAGCGCAUCGUCAUCGACUACUUCGUCUCCGUGCUGGGCGAAGAGUUCGAGAGGAUGGGGUUGGCGUAUCAGAUGUACUGCGAGGCGAUGACAGGCUUGUCGCUGGCGAUCAUGGAGCUCCUGGCGAUCAGCUUGGGUGCGGAUCGAAUGACCUACCGGGAGUUCUUCGACGACAACAGAUCCAUAAUGCGAUGCAACUACUACCCGCCGUGCCAAGAGCCGGAGCUGACGCUCGGCACCGGGCCGCACUGCGAUCCCACCGCGUUGACGAUUCUGCAGCAGGACCACGUAGGGGGGCUCGAGGUGUUCUCGGGCCGCGCGUGGCGGUACGUGCGGCCCGUACACAACGCUCUCGUCGUCAACAUCGGCGACACCUUCAUGGCAUUAUCUAAUGGGAGGUACAAGAGCUGCCUGCACAGAGCGGUGGUGAACAGGCACAGGGAGCGGCGAUCGCUGGCCUUCUUCGUGUGCCCUAGGGAGGACAAGGUGAUCCGGCCGCCGCCACCGCCGCCGUUAUCGGACGAUGUGGGCGGCGGGCCGAGGCUGUACCCGGACUUCACAUGGGCGCAGUUCAUGGACUUCACUCAACGCCAUUAUCGGGCCGACAUGAGGACUCUUCGUAGCUUCGCUAAGUGGCUUGAAUCCUCCUCCUCUGCUACAGCAACAUGACUUCCUUGUGUUUGCUUCCAUCGUUUCGGUCUGUGAAUCCUGAGAGGUGUUGAGAUCAGAGAAUGCACGGCUCAAUUUUGGAGUGUGGAGUUGUGUGUGUCU